AUUUGCCUCUUCUUAAAACCCUAGAAGAGAGCAGCAGUCUACUCUUUCUUUACCCUUUUUCCCCUCUCCCCGGCCGCAUCCUUUCCCCGUCAAACCGAAGCCGGAGAUUUCCAAAUGGGUCGUGUGAUCAGAGCUCAACGUAAGGGAGCUGGGUCUGUCUUCAAGUCCCACACUCAUCACCGCAAAGGCCCCGCCAGAUUCCGCACCCUCGACUUCGGCGAGCGCAAUGGUUACCUGAAAGGAGUCAUCACCGACAUCAUCCAUGAUCCCGGUCGCGGUGCUCCUCUCGCCCGCAUCACCUUCCGCCACCCCUUCCGUUACAAGCACCAGAAGGAGUUGUUCGUCGCCGCCGAAGGAAUGUUCACCGGCCAGUUUGUUUACUGCGGUAAGAAGGCCACUUUGACCGUGGGUAAUGUUUUGCCUCUCAGAUCCAUCCCUGAAGGAGCCGUCGUUUGCAACGUUGAGCACAAGAUGGGUGACCGAGGUGUGUUUGCUAGGGCUUCUGGUGAUUAUGCUAUUGUUAUCAGUCACAACCCUGAUAAUGGAACUACCAGGGUCAAGCUACCUUCUGGUGCCAAGAAGAUUGUCCCCAGUGGUUGCAGGGCCAUGAUUGGUCAAGUUGCUGGAGGAGGAAGAACUGAGAAGCCUCUCCUUAAGGCAGGUAAUGCCUAUCACAAGUUCAGAGUGAAGAGGAACAGCUGGCCUAAGGUUCGUGGUGUUGCUAUGAAUCCAGUUGAGCAUCCCCAUGGUGGAGGUAACCAUCAACAUAUUGGUCAUGCUUCUACUGUUCGCCGAGAUGCUCCUCCUGGUCAAAAGGUUGGUCUUAUUGCUGCACGUAGGACUGGUCGUCUCCGUGGUCAAGCUGCUGCAACUGCUGCCAAGGCUGAUAAGGCUUAGUGGAGUUAUAAUAUGCAGAGUACUUUUUGGCUGCAUUUAAUGUUUUUCUGUUUAUUAGAGAGACUUGUUUAUUUACUUAAAAUUAUGAUGAAUUGUUGUUUGGAAAAAUAUAGUACUAAAUUUUGGUUUGAGCGUCCGUGAUGAUUCUCUGUCUUAGAAGCUCUCAGUCAGAUGCAGUUUUUGUUAUUAAAAAGUAUCGGGUUUUUCAUUCCUGAUAGGGCGGCUAUGACUGCAGUUUAUCUUGCAAGGUAAAAAGGAAGAUGGCUGAUUGUUGCCCUUGCUUAAUUAUCUGAACCACCUUUGGUCAUGGUACUGAAAAGAUACUAGCAUAUAAUGAUAUAUCCAUCUCCUGAUUUCAGACAGAAGAAAACUAGCACUCUAGCAUAUAAUGACAUAUCCAUCUCCUGAUUUCAGACAGAAGAAAACUAGCACUCUGGAAGUAUUAAGUUAAUUGAAGGUUGCGAUUAUGAUGUCAGUUCAUGUUUAUAACUUGCAUAUUGACAUUUCUGGUUUCUGCUGUUUGGGAGUUGGUGUGUUUUGAAUACUAAUCUACUACACGGACUGUUCUCGACUUUAGCCCCAGCUUUGAAAUUGAUACUCGGUUUUGUGUUUGUGGCAUAUGCUAUGUUCAAAAAAAAAAAAAAACGGUAGCUCAACCAGCCCUUGUGUGUAACACUGCCACUUGAGUCACAAAAAAUGGGAACAAAAGAAACCAAAACGCAUGCUCAUAUACCUCAUAAAUCUCAAUCAAUUAGUGUGCAUCUCGUUCAUUGAACUAAAGUAAUCAGACAGAAACGGCCUUUUUCAUUUGGAACUAGGGAAAUAUAAUUCCAGAGUCCUAUAUAUUAAAAUUUACUGUAUGUGCAUGGUAAAUAAUCUAUAGGCUCAAAAUUUUACAAACUUAUG